UUGCAUAUUUUUACAGAUAUCCAGCGUAGGGGUUUUCGUACUCGUUCUUCACCUAAAAGCAUCGGUGCGAGGAAGAAAGAUAAUGAAGAAGUUUCUCUACUCUCUCGAUUAUUCUCCAUGUUGAAAGCUAAUAAUAAGGCAAAUGGUUUAGAUCGAAAUGAUGGAGACCGUUGGAAUAUAUACGAGUCGGAGGUAAAAAAAAUACCUGAAGCACAGCAGAAGACUUUCACAGAAGGCUUUGUAAAGGGUAUAUUAUCUAUGAAAGGAAGUGAUAGUGGCUCAGCUCCUUUAAAGAAACCCUCCGCCUUCCGAACUUUUGCUACUUUUGUUAUUGGUCUUUGUAUCUUCUUUAGCUUGUUUGGCACAUUCCGUUUCUCUUUUGGGGAUCGCCAGCUGGGGUCUUUGAUUUUUUCAAACGCAAAAGAAGUAAAGCCGGAGGACAUCUCAGUUACUUUUGAAGAUGUUAGAGGAAUGGAUGAGGCUAAGAAAGAGGUUGAAGAAAUAGUUUCUUAUUUGCGUGACCCUGAAAGGUACUCUAGACUAGGAGGACGACUUCCAAAAGGUGUUCUUCUUGUUGGACCACCUGGGACAGGGAAAACACUUUUAGCAAGGGCUAUUGCUGGAGAAGCCCAGGUGAUAAAGGUGCCGUUUUUCCAUACAUCCGGUUCUGAAUUUGAUGAGUUACUUGUUGGUCAGGGUGCACGGAGAGUGAGAGAUUUAUUUGAUCGAGCUAAGCAACGUGCCCCGUGCAUUGUAUUUAUUGAUGAGAUAGAUUCUGUUGGGUCGAAACGUAUUUCGAACGGCAUUCAUCCUUAUGCUAAUCAAACUAUAAACCAGUUGUUAGCUGAGAUGGAUGGCUUCAAACAGAAUGAGGGUGUCAUUAUAAUAGGAGCUACAAACCGAGUUGAGGAUCUAGAUAAAGCUCUUUUGAGGGCAGGACGUUUCGACCUUCGUGUCAUGGUUAAUCCCCCCGACUUGCUAGGCCGGAAGGACAUUUUCGGCCAUUAUCUUAGUAAGAUAGUUCAUACCGACGAAUUGGACAUCGACACUUUGGCAAAAGGAACAACAGGAUUUACUGGGGCGGAUAUCGAGAAUAUGGUUAAUCAAGCUGCCUUACGGGCUGCAGUUGAAGGGUGCCCGAUGGUGAUGCUUCCUCACUUUGAAGAGGCUCGGGAUAGGAUACUUAUGGGGCCUGCGAGAUUGAGAGGGCGCUUGCCUGAUGAAGAAGCCAAUCGAAUAACUGCCUAUCACGAAGCAGGGCAUACUUUAGUUGGUUUAUUCACUAAAGAUUCUACACCACUACAUAAAGUCACCAUCAUACCUCGUGGUCAAUCUCUCGGUCAUACUGCUAUUUUACCUGAAAAAGAUGAGUAUCAUAUGACGAAAGCGCAGAUGAUGGCUCAGUUAGAUAUGAUGAUGGGAGGUCGUGUUGCAGAAGAAUUGGUGUUUGGUGCAGAAAAGGUAACUACUGGAGCUGCAAACGACCUUAAAAAAGCCACAAUACUUGCUACGAAUAUGGUUAAGACAUUUGGAAUGAGUGAUAAGGUCGGUUUGAGAGAUUACUCAAUUGAAGAUAGUAAUGCUUUUAUGAAAAUAAACGAUUUGAGUCCUCAAACUUCGGAAAUGAUUGAUCAAGAAAUAAACAGGCUGUUGAAUGAGUCAUAUAUGCGAGCCAAAGAAGUUUUAGUGAAACACAAGAAAGAGCAUAAGCUUCUGGCUGAAGCGCUUCUCGAAUAUGAAACGUUAACGAGCGAUGAGGUUAAGGAGUUGCUGGAAACUGGAUCUAUAACCCGCCAUCAACAGCCACCCAAAAAGAAUUUUGUGGAAAAACGACCACAACCAAGGCAACCUCCACCCACACAUAUCAUCCAUAUCCAUUUUGAUCAAACUAGUGGAAGGCGUGAAGAACCUUAAUA